AUGUUGCCGUCAACGUCGUGGGUUACGGCGGAAGGUUCCCGGAGGCGGGAGAAGCAGCCGGAGGUCUCGUGCUCGAUGUCGGUGAGUUGCACCGUGGAAGGCUCCCACCGUUACGUCUUGGCGGGGUACUCUCAGGCGAAAGGAAUGGGGGUCGGGAAGUUCCUUUCGAGCGAGGUCUUCUCAGUGGGAGGGCUUCGGUGGGCCAUCCACUUCUACCCGGACGGCCUUGGCCCAGAGGACAAUGGUGGUUACGUGUCCCUCUUUGUCACCCUGGUCACCGGGGAACCAGACUGUCGAGCGCUUUUCGACCUUGCUAUGACCGAUCAGAGAGGCAAAGUACGGUACAAGAGGGACACCAUUUCUAGUCGCUUCGAACCUGUCAACCUCAAGGGAAACGGCUGGAGUUGGUAUGUGCGCCCUCCGCCGUCUGCAGAUUCGCUUCCUGGUGUGAGUCACAAACAUGACGAGUUCCUUCUAAUUUUGCCGCUGCAAUUGCAGGGGUUCUAUAAGGUUUAUCAAGAAAGCAGCUCUGGAAAGAUCGAACUUUCUCCAGAACGAUUCUCUUUUUUUCGAAUGUGCAAUCAGCGUUGUCAAGACUCGCACGGUGACGCCCAUACAGUGGAGUAUUCCUGUUCCGACGUCGGACUUGGGUCGCAGCCUGGGUGAACUAUUGAGGACUGAGAUGGGUUCCGACAUAGUCUUUGUAGUCGCCGGCGAGUCUUUUAAGGCCCACAAGUUGAUUCUUGCCGCUCGCUCUCCCGUCUUCCGUGCCCAGUUCUUCGGUGGGAUCGGGGAUCCAAAUUUAGAUAAAGUCGAUGUGGAGGAAAUAGAACCCCCCGUUUUCAAGGUAGCUUCCGUCAGCAUUCUCUGAUCAUAAUUAAUUAGCCUAUUUGUUUCGGCUACGCCUUUAUCUGCUUAAAUAGCGAGUUUCCUUCAAUAAUGUUUACCUUGAAUACGCCACUAUUCCAAACGGAGGGGAGGAGCUGGGGAGAGUUCGAGAACGAUGGGCCUGUUUCUGAUAUCAAGAACAGUAAUGCGUUUCAGGUGGAAGCAUAUAGCCGAUUUCAUUCCUGCUCCACUGAAUGGAUCGGGUGAUGGUAUCCCUGUAUGAAGCAUAAUUUUUCAUCUGGAUGUGAAUAUUUUCUGCGGUUUUUAUUUUCUGUCUGCAGGCGAUGCUUCAGUUCAUCUACUCCGAUGGCUUCCCGGACGUCCAAGAGCUCGCCAUGUCCAUUCCGAUGUGUAACCCGACGAUCUUCCUCCGGCAUCUCCUGGCCGCUGCCGACCGUUACUGGCUGGACCGGCUGAAGCGCUUUUGUGAGCUCAAGCUGUCAGAGGAGAUCACGGAGGACACAGUGGCCGACAACCUGGCUCUGGCGGAGCGGCAUCGCUGUCCCGGGCUGAAGGCUGCGGGUCUGGAGUUCAUUGACCGGUGCCUCAAAGGUGGGUGUAGUUGUUUGUCAGUGCGUUCCUGAGAUUUUCAUGUAUGAUUUUAUAACUUUACAUUAUGCAUUUGAAUUGCGAUAGGACAUUGAUUCGGGCUUCUGUGGGAGCCAUUUAGAUUCCUGUGGGUCUGAAGAAAUGUGGGGAUUUUUUUAAAAAAACAAUUCGGACGAAUUUUCAUGUGGGCAAAUAUUUCCUUUUCUUUCCUUACUCUCAUUGUAGGGAGGCAAUGACGGGCAUGCUGCAGACGGUGGCGAUCGUCGAUGGGGACUCCAGCGGCGGUCGCCGAGGCGGCGAGGAGGUGGUCGAUGCACAAGAAGAAGAAGAAGAAAGUUGCUCCGACAGGAGGCGGCACUUGGGGGGGGUGAACGUUGACCGACGGUGGGGGAAUUUAAAUCCUCUCACGCUCGGAAUUUAA